AUGCUCCCUUCUCAUACCUGUAUCAACACCUCUUUCUUCCAGCCAUCUGCUUUCCUGAUGAUUGGCAUUCCAGGCCUGGAGGCCGUUCAUGGCUGCAUCUCCAUCCCCUUCUCUGCCAUGUACACUGCAGCUCUCACUGGAAAUGGCCUGAUCCUCCUGGCAGUAAGGAGGACUCCCAGCCUGCAUCAGCCCAUGUACUACUUCCUGUCCAUACUGGCUCUCACCGAUGUGGGCCUCACCUUGUCCACACUGCCCACUACCCUGGCUGUGCUCUGGUUUGACUAUCGGCUCAUCGGCUUCAAUGCCUGCCUGGUCCAGAUGUUCUUCCUUCAUUCCUUCUCUGUGGUGGAGUCCUCAGUGCUCCUGGCCAUGUCAUUUGAUCGCUUUGUGGCCAUCUCCACCCCCCUGCACUAUGCAGGUGUCCUCACAAAUAAUGUCAUUAUCAGGAUUGGGCUGGCUAUUGUGGCUCGAGCCACUGUGUCCCUCUUCCCACUGCCCUUCUUACGAAAGCGGCUGAACUUUUGCCCUGGCAAGAUCCUCUUGUCCCAUUCAUUCUGUUUCCAUGCAGAUGUCAUGAAACGGGCCUGUGCUGACAUUACUGUCAACAUUAUUUAUGGGCUGUACAUAGUUCUGUCCACAGUAGGUAUAGACUCCUUGCUUGUUGUCCUGUCUUAUACCCUUAUUCUUCAUACAGUGAUGGGUCUGGCCUCUCCCAGGGAGCGUGUGCGGGCCCUCAAUACUUGUGUUUCUCACAUCUUAGCUGUUAUGGUUUUCUACAUCCCAGUCAUAGGAGUGUCCAUGAUCCACCGUUUUGGGAGGCACCUGCCCCCCAUUGUUCAUGCUCUUGUUGCCUAUGUGUACCUGAUGGUGCCCCCUGUGCUCAACCCCAUCAUCUACAGUGUGAAAUCCAAACCCAUCAGGGAUGCCAUGCUCAGAGUGCUAAUGAGGCAGGGCUGA